GUGGGGUGUGUACUACGCGCCAGCAAACCAAAAAAUCUCCUCUUCCUACUCACUACGCGCUAUUUUCGCUAUGUAGGAGUAUUUAGCACAAUUCCCGCAAAAUGCUUGGAUAUCAUGUGAAUCAAGUGAAUAGCGUGUAUAACUAGUCAAACCCUCAAAGUGGCUAACUUAGAAUGGUUUUACUUGCGAUUAUCCUGCUGGCCCUCGUAGGGCCCGCGGCCCUUGAACAAGACGAGGACAUUCCGCACAACGAAGUCAGGAACUGGGCUCUCCAGUUUGGAGUCGGCCUGUGGGAAUACGGUAAAAUGAUGACCAAGAUGAACGAAUUGAAACGAAAAUACCGAGAGGUAGAAACUUCUGUAAAGAGAAAAGACGGAUUAAUCUUAAUUCGCGAAAUGGCCAAUGAAGUUCGGAAUAUGAUGGAUUUCAAAAGGAGCGCUGUUAUGCGCAUAAUGGAUUCAGCUGAACAGGCAGCCUUAGCUUGGCGCUCUGACAACAACGGCGUAACUCCACGAUAUUACAAUGCUGAGCGCUUAAAUGCUUUUGCUCCUGAUGGGCGGCCAGCUGAUGGUACCCGAGAGUUGGUACUCACUCCGAACCCGCAUUUUGAUCAUCUACCUGUUAAUGUGACCUUUAGUACCGUCCUUACUCCUUCGAGAGUAUACGAUACAGAUCCAGAAGUUGGAGGAUCCAUUCAAUGGUCAGCUCAUUUAGAUCCUUUAUUUGUGAGUAAUUAUGAAGGCGAUCCCACCUUGUCUUGGCAAUUCUUCGGGAGCUCCACCGGAUUUCUUCGGCGCUAUCCCGGAAUUUCGUGGCCUCCGGAAGAUUUAUCUACUGUUCAAGACUCUCACACUGUACGGCGACCCUACGAUUUUCGAUCAGCUGCUUGGUAUGUGGGGGCGGCAACUUCUCCCAAAGAUAUUGCCAUUCUGUUGGAUGCUUCUGGAUCUAUGGCGGGGCACAGAGCUAAUUUGGCCCGAGCCACUGUUGAAUCUAUAUUAGAUACUUUAACUGACAACGAUUUUGUGAAUAUCUUCCGGUUUUCUGAUACCACCAGUGAAACGCUGCCGUGUUUUAAGGAUCAACUAGUGCAGGCCACUCAAGAAAACUUGAGGUGGUUAAAGGAUUCUCUAGGAACCAUAAAGCAGGAAAACAUAGCAAAUUUCUCUUCCGCGCUCGUUGCAGGCUUUGAAAUACUGCACAAGUACAACCGUACGGGACAAGGAUGCCAAUGCAAUCAAGCUUUAAUGCUAAUCACUGAUGGCCCUCCGUCAAGUUACAAAGAUAUUUUCAAGCUGUACAACUUCCCUCAUCGCCCCGUUCGUUUAUUCACUUACCUAAUAGGAUCAGACUCUGGAAGUGCCGCUGAAAUGCACUGGAUGGCUUGUGAAAAUAAGGGUUACUAUACAAAAAUUGAGAAUUACGACGAAAUAAAAAAUCGUGUUUUCCAUUACAUCGAGGUAAUGGCAAGACCGAUGGUCAUGUAUCAGAACAAUCACCCUAUUCACUGGACAUCCGCCUAUGUUGGAGGCAGAGCAGAUAGUUUUUCCGACGACAAAGUCGGUCAGCUAAUGACUACUGUUACUGCUCCAGUCUUCGAUCGAAGAAACCAUACGGUACGACUGGCUAAUCUUCUUGGAGUCGUUGGUACCGAUGUUUCUAUCGAUGAGAUUCGGAAAUUGGUGCCACCGUACAAACUGGGAGCGAACGGAUACUCCUUUAUCGUUAACAAUAACGGGCACAUUCUGUAUCACCCCAAUCUCAAACCCCCGCGGGUCAGUGAAAAAUAUGAGCAAACAUUAGAACCGCAAUAUCUAUCGGUUGAUUUAUCUGAGGUAGAACUUGUCGAAAAUGAAAACGGUCCGCGGGAGAAUCACAGCGCGCUACUUGAUUUAAGACAAGACAUGAUUAAUCAGAAAGAAGGUGAAACUGAGCUUACUUUAAAGGUUCAUUAUGAUGAUAUGAGGCGGGUAACUACAAGACGUUAUAAAUACUUUUACAAUGCCAUCGAAGGUACGCCAUUCUCUCUCGGGCUAGCUAUUCCCGAAGGGUACGGCAUGUUCGAAUUGCUUGCUGAGCAAGAAAUCAAGCACAGUCAGAAAAAUGUCACUGACUAUCUCAAAGGCAACAAAUGGAGAGUUCAUCCAGAUUGGGUCUAUUGCGAGUAUACGAGUGGAACUUCAGGCGAACAGUGGUUCAAGACAGCCGAGGAAAGAGUGCUGCAUUUUCUUUCAAGAAGCAGAAGACCUGGAUGGAAGUGGAUGUCUUUAAGACCGCGAGCCUCUCCUCAACAACGCGAACGGGAACAUCACCACUACUCAACCAAGCAAGAAAAAGAUUCUUAUUAUUGUGACAAAACAUUAACGCAGUCUUUAGUUUUGGACGCCAUGGUCACGGAAAGUUUGGAAAAGCAUAGACCAAGAAUGGAAGACAAGCACCCUAUUGGCACACUUUUGGUACAAUUGCAAAGCCAAGGAUACGACAUUUUUGGAAGCACUACAUGGUUUGUGGCGACGCGUAGUGGACUGCUCAGAUGGAGCAACUUUACUAAUACCGAUAAUGAUGACCCACCAUUUGGACAAAACAACGCACGAGCUAUUGACGAGUCUUGGUAUCAAAGAGCAGUAGAUCAACAUGCUAUUGAACCGGAAAGCUUUGUGUUCUCCGUACCAUUUGCUGAGGGGCCGCCGGGUUCUCCAGUUCCAGAACGCACGUUGCUGACUGCAACGCACGCUGUUUUUAUUGAAUCCAGUAGUCAUCGAGCUCCAGCUGCUGUGGUUGGUCUUCAAUACGUGCAGUCUUCUAUUGCUUCACAUUUUCAAAAUAUCACUUCCAAGUGCACGUCGACAUGCAAGAAAACAUGUGCCAGCAAUACCCUGGAUUGCUACGUUUUGGACAAUAAUGGGUUUAUAAUUAUCUCCGAAAACAACGAACAUACUGGAAGGUUCUUUGGGCAGAUUGACGGGACUAUCAUGGAUUCGCUGGUACAAGAUCGGAUUUACAAGAAGGUUUCUGUAUAUGACUAUCAAGGAUAUUGCUCAAAUAGCAAGUAUUCCUUCAGCGGCAGAGCGACCAACCUCAAAUCCACUGGAGUUAUUAACCUUCUUUUAAAGUUUACUAUUCAAACGCUAGCUGUGUUGAUUUCCCAUCUGCAGACUGCCUACGGUACAGCCUUAGCAUACUCUCAAGAGGAUGAAGAAGAACCAAUCAACUACGAGUACGAAUAUCCCAUAGGGGAUGAUUUGCUCAGCGAGCAGCAUCCAAUGCCAGCUCCCCCAGUGGGUUUUGUGCCUCCGUUUGAAUCGGAUCCUCUUGAAGGCGUUGAUUUGGGCCAAUGGGGCACGAGGCCGUGUGACCGUAAGGUCGAAUUGUACGUCCUGCAGCCCGAAAGACUAAACACUAGCGGGCAGAACAACCCGCUCAAAGGAAAGCUAACUAAUUGUCAUGUCACUGGUUGUGAAAGGCCAUUCAGUGUUCAGAAGAUUCCGCACAGCAAUCUGAUCCUGCUGGUGGUUGAUACUUUGUGUCCAUGUGGUAGUAAGCAGCUGAGUAUCACACCUCAGGAACUGGCCUACGAGUCACGAGAUCAAAACGGGUGUACCCAUCGCCCUCGGCCUACUUUAUAUAGAAAGAGGCCUCCUAAGUGCAUCAAUUACCACCCAGAGGAAAUAGAAAUUCAUAUCUGUGGUAAAGGAACUGCGCUAAAGUCUGCACAAUUUUUGACGCUGCUUUUCUGCGUCGUGAUUUGCCUACUAUCAUCUGAUCCGGUGUCGUGAUCGAAUGUACGAUUAGGGCUGUAUAAUUAAGUAGUAACUUUUGUAACAGUAGCAUUCGCUAUAUGAUAGGUAUACAAAUAAAAUGCUCAUAUCAUUUUAUUUAGAGAAUCCUUUAAAUGUGCACAAUUCGUUUCUUAUUAUAUAGUGCGAUCUUCAGUUCUGACUCUGACAGCAAUAGUGUUGGGUUCAACUAUCAAGUUUCCUAUCGGAAAAUUUGUAAGCAAAUUAAUUUUGAAGAACUGUUUGCUUUCGAAACUGAGGCUCCCUGAUUAAUGUCUUGCUAGUUACCUACCUAAAAGUCAGGGUUCUCUAGGAAAAUUGUUGAAAUGAAAGUGGAACUACAGGGAAGUUGGUUGACUCCCGUUUUGCCCUCGCCCCUAUUAGGCGUCAAACCUAUGAAUGUAAUCCACUAUUAAAUUAAAUAUCAUAUACAUGUAAAUAUUACUGAGUGUGUAGAAAAAUCCAUAAGUAUUAUUUAGAAAGAUCAGUAUUUUUUAAAGGAAUUGUGGAUUUUCAAGGAGAAUGAAUGAGAGCGACAAUAAUAACUUAAAAGUGUUUUUGCAAUUUUUAUAUUUGUACGUAUUGUUUGUAUGUAACUUUUUACAAUAUUCAACAGUUUAAUCUUGUAAGGUAUGCAUAAUUCGACGAGUGUGUUUUCAAUUGUGUGUAGGACGAUGAUGAUUGUUGCAUUUCCAUAUGCAAUGCUCCUAACUGUAUAGCAAGUAUAACAUUACUUGCCGAAGAACUAAUUGGUACGAUGAAAAACAAAUAUACUUAUCAGCUUUCAAAUUGAAACCGGAUUUUCAACUUUAUGUUUCUGAUGAAAAACUUGUUCGUGUCUCGGUGUCAAUGUGUAGUUUUUCACCCUACCAAUUCGAAAGUAUUCAUUGAUAAAUAAGGUUGUAAACUGUAUAUGUAAUAAAUCCACUAACUUGUUUCUACACGGAGCAUUAUACGUAACUGUAAUUAUUAAGAACACUACUACCUAAUUUUAAUCUAAGCGUUAAUUUAACUGAAUGUUGUGCAUGUUUUUCGUCAAACUUCACCAAAUUUUAAUAAUACUUCUCUUAUAAUUCAAAGCUCAAUCGACAUUUCAAUAUCUAUAACAAUCAAUUAUUUUCUUGUGGCCAACGACUUUAAUAUCAGCAUAUUAUCUACCAAUUACUUCAAGCAAACAUAAUCUUUGAAAAACCAAAAACUUAGAUGGUUAAAUAUUAACUGUGAUGAUUUAUAUCAUGACGUUGUAGCUAGAUACGUAAUUUGUUUUGUAUAUAGGAGAAACACUUGAAUUUUUGCGUUAAGUUUUAAUAAUCUUUAUAAAUGAAAAUAUUGAAAAUUCAAUGAAUUAAAAUUUUAAAUUGUUGACAAUUCCAGCGUAAAUAUCGACCUUCAUUAAUCCGUGCUAAAUGUGUAUGUAAACUGUAUUAUCUCUGGCCCAUGUACAUCUUCAUCCAUCAUUAAAAUAAAUCGAUUGUAUACAAACUAUUCGUCGUAAGCUUUGAGUAUUACAAAUUAAUUGAAUUCAAAACCAUAUUUUCUUUCUUAGUUGUCCCGUAUUUGAAAUUCACAUAUUUGAAAAGUUUCGCAACCAGUUAUCAUUAUCCAGGUAAAAACACUCAUUGUAAAAUGCUUUAUGGGAUUUUUUGGAACUUCAGUAUGUUGUUCUCAAAAAAGUUGGUAAUUUAUGUUUAGUAUGCCUCAUAUGCGAUGAAUUUCUAAAAAUCGUGACUUUCUGUAAAUUGCAUUAAACGGUAUUUAAAUGCUACGUUUUUUCACAUCGUACUUUGCUGUAUUGCAUUUUAGUUCACUCGUCGUUCAAAGUUAGCAGUUAAGUUAUUUUAGCAUAUAUUUGUAAUUAGCUAAAAUAAAUCACUUCGCUUAAAAUCACUGUUUAUUUUCAAAAACUUUAGUAAAAAAAGAGGCGAAACAAGCGAAGUAGUAUUUAUUUAGCUAGUUGAAAUGCUCUAUUACAAAGUAUCGCACUACUCCACCAACUAUAUAUUUGUAAGCAUAGCAUUUAUAGAAUGAUAUUAGAUUAGUGAAGUAAGGCAAUAAUUAAAAUAGGUUUGUUAAAUCAACUAAAGGUCUAUUCUCAAGUUUCAAAAUCUCGCUUGUCGUUUAGGAAAAUUUUAAACUUCUGUGCAGUCAAUUACUAGCAAUUUCACAAUAUUUAAUUUGAGAUGUAAACAGUUCAAUUUGGUUGAUUGCUUGUAGAAUCCAGUUUGGCUUAACGACUUCAUUUACAAUCGAUACCUAGGAAAUAGGAGGCAAAUCAAAUUGUUCCUUGCUUAAGGAUUCUUCUAAAGUUAGAAAAAAAUAGCCACUGGCAUAAUUAAUGCAAAUAUCCAUUGUUAUGCGGACAUAUGAUUUAAACAGCCGAAAUUCUUAACUGCUGAAUAAUAUUUUUCACGAUUCGUUUUGGCUAAUAUCUUGCUAUGAGAAUUCUGAACACCAAAUCACUUUGUAAUUACUGACAAAACCCUUGUUAUCUACAACAAGCGACCCGAGCUAAAUUUAAAUACUUUAGUAAUUAUUGAAAAUUUUAAAUUAAAAAAUACAUUAAUUAAUGCAAUUGUAUAGAAAAUUAUUCGAUGGUCCACAUAGUCGAAGGUAUAGCUCACAUUAAGUGAAUGUUUAAAUGUUAUCUGAUAAUUUUAUAUGAGAUCGGAAAUAGGCCUAUUGUUAUAAAAAAAAAGUAGUAAAUGAAAGAAUUAGAUCGGGACUUACCUUAGAUAUUUUAUUAUAAAUAACGCGAGUACGUUUGAAUUUAUCGUUAUUGUCCUUGAUUAUUAUUUUUUACCCUUUAUACUUUUCUAGGUAAUAAUUUAACAUAUUUAACGGUAUUUUAAAAUAAAUGUAUUGCCGACGUCAAAACUGCAACUAAGAGCGUGCGUUCCGUUUAGGCUAAAACGACAUCCACCAACAAUCCAAUACAUAAUUAAUAAUCCUUUGUAAUGCUUAUUGCCUCUGAAAUAUAAUGCAAUUUACUCGUAACUUAUGUAUUGUAUUAUUGGUGGCUAAUUAAUAUAUUCUAUUGAUAUUUCUAAGAAAAUCUAUGCUAUAUACAUACUAAAAUUGAGUCUUCCACUGAUACAAAUAAUAAAUAUAAGCUCGAAUGUAAGUCAAAUUUAAAUAAUUGCAACAUGUAAAACAUGUAAUACUCCACUCGAGAUUAUAUGUUUAACCUGUAUUUAUAUCAAUUUAUUUGUGAAAAAAAUUCAAUUUGUCUCACAGAUAUAGAAAUCCAUUCUAGACUGUAAAUGAGAUUGAAAUGGGUAGAAUUAAAUAAUUAUUGAAAUUAAA